AUGUCUCUACAGUCACGGGCAAAAAAGUCAUCAAAGCACAAGUUCACAAAGGUCUUUGGGCAGGCCACAGCGCAAUCGGAUAUAUUCGAGGAGACGUGCCUACCGUUGUUGGCGCCCGUCAUGAGGCAGGAGAAUUACAACGCCCUAUUAUUUGCGUAUGGGGUCAGUAAUUCCGGAAAGACACAUACAGUCCUCGGAUCGAGCCAGCCUGGGCAAGCCGGCAUUCUUCCGCGAGCCCUCGCUGUCGUAUUUCGGUCGAUCGAUACAUUUAUUCAGGACUCAGGAGAGGCUGCUCAAUACCGACCGAUUGGAUUCCAGGACAUUUAUACUGAGAAGAUUCAUGACCUCUUGGCGGAGCCACCAGAAUCGCUAGUGCCAGGUCUAGGCGCCCUGAGCCCAAAACGACCCGCACUUCAUAUGCAAACCGAUCAGACAACGGGACAAAAAUACAUUCAUGGUCUAAGAGAUAUCAAAGUCAGGACAUUGGAGGAAGCGCUGUUAGUUCUUCGAGCUGGGCUCAGACAACGGCAAGUCUUCAGUACCUUGCUCAACAACGUGUCAUCUCGGAGCCACUGUGUUUUCACGAUCAAGAUCCUGAAGACCCCACAGUUCGGCAAUAGUGCGGCGGAGACUGCGGCCAAGGGCAAAACAUCUGUUUCGCGACUGUCGAUCGUGGAUCUAGCCGGAUCGGAGCGCGUUCGGAACACUAACAGCACUGGACAACGACGGAGAGAGGCCGGCAAUAUCAACAACAGUCUGAUGGUUCUUGGCCACUGCAUGGAAGUUUUACGACUAAAUCAGAUAGGCGCCUCAAAAGUCCCUCAAAUGGUCCCUUAUCGCCACAGCAAACUCACGCAGCUCUUUCAAGGCGUUUUGGAUGGAAAGUCAAAGAACUCGAAAAUGUGCCUAAUUAUUAACGUAAAUCCAUUCCAGAACGAGUUCGAUGAGACCAUCCAAAGCCUGAGGUUCUCAUCAGUGGCAAUGAAUGUC